CCUGGCAUCAGAGUUUUGUUGUACUGACAAAUAUGUCGGCCUCUGGGAAUCUCUUGGUCUCCAUUAUCACGGAUAUAUGAGGAGAACAUAUGCUAUGGGAUUAUAAUCACUUAUUUUUCUUCGUUUUUACUUCUGCAUUGGCAGAGCGGCCUGCAGACAGAUGCUAUCUAUUUUAAAGAAGUUGAAAAACACAAGCUACCACCUCUAGCUUACAGUUAGUUGAGCUAAGUGUUUGUAGUAAAUUGGCGUCAGGCGUUACGGUGGCUGGCUAGCUAGCCAACCAUUUAACGUUCUGUGUAAAUUAGCCCGGCGCGGGGAUAGCUACCCACCAAAGCAGCACCGCAACGAUUGAGCCUACUUGCAUCGCCGAAUAACUCGUAUGGAGGAAAAUGGAUGUAACGAUCUGGCUCUGUUGAUUAUAAUCACAAAACGAAAUAACAAGACCAAAACUGGCACAUCCCAUUCACCAUCUUUGGACCCAGAACCAUUGUGAGACCGCUCACAGGUGCAGCAUCCUGAUCAACCAUCAGACUGGAUUCUCUUGUUUUGUGACCCAGGACAGCCUCUUGAUGUUCAAAUUCAAUACUGCCACGCUACUGAUGCAUGGGGAACAUUUCUCUCAUCCUGAUUUCGAGGAGAGUACUUCAAACCUGAAAAACCUGAAGAUACAAAUGGCCUGAGGAGUCUACAUCUUCACCCAAAAGCAGUUUCUAAUAUUUGUUCAGUUCUUUUUUUGGGCUCUGGAAAGGCUGUAUUCUCAAAGGGAUUGUUCUGGGAGGGUGUUAGCCAAGCCUCAGUGCUCUCUUCUGGGGAAGGAAGCAGUGGGAAGGCCCUGAAGUCCCCGGAGAAGAGGGCAAUAAAAAAACGGCCUGUAACUGGGAGGCUGGCGGUUACAUAACUAACAGGCCCGGUUGUCCACUGACACAGUGGAACAAGGAGACCAGUCGGGGAACUGGGUUGUUCUGUGUUGCUAUUGCUGGGUGAGAUGACAUUGUAUCAUGAUACAUACACAUGUAACCUGCAGGGCUCCAGAUCGACACUGUCAUUUAAGCUGUCUCAAAAAUUACACUUAAAAGGAUACUAAUGGAUGUUCCACUGGAUUUGCCUUCAGAUAUUUUGGAAAGAACCACAUCAUCACUUCUUGCUUUUUGUCUUCCAAUCACAUCCUUUGUGCUGUUGGGAGGUGAGGUGGUUUAAAACAGCCACCAGCGGGGUUUAGGGAUGCCCCGACACAGGAAAACCAGGCUACUCCACUGGCCCGCUUACAGACUGCUUUUUCUAAUACGAGUCCUGGACUGAAAGCAAGUUAUCUUGUUCUCAAACAGAGAGCAAAGUUGUCAUUUUUUAUAUACAAGACUUUUUCUCACAUUUCUACAGCUGCCCAGACUGCUGCUUGCUGGCUGCUAAAAACUUUUAGGGGAAAUGGAAAAUCCAUCUUUUUGCUAAUACAGACUUGGAUACAUCAAGCCCAUUUCACAUUUGAGGACCUGGCCUGCUGAUUUUUUAUUAAGAAGAGGAAAAUCAAAGAAAAUAUAAAGCCAAGUCAGCUUAUCAGAUCUCUCCUUUCCAUUUUCUCCUCCUUUCAGACUCAUUUCAUUUUUUGCUGUUGUUCCAUCUCUUUAGUCCAUAUCCUGUCUAAACAGGCCUACCUCUGCCAACUUUUGUACCUCAUUGAACUCCUAUUUAUAGACCAAUUAAAUCAAACUGGACCAAUUCACAGCAGGUGCAAGGUUAGACAGUUUAGCUGAGGUUUUUUAUCUUUCCGAAUUUUACUGGACAGAAGGGUCUAAAUCAAAUCCUUUUUUGUUCAGUUUCAAACUGUGCUAUCUGUUAUCAUGAUUUUUACCAUAGCAAUUCACAUCACUAUUCACUAAGUAGAUUUCUUUUCCUUUUUUUUUUUUUUUAGACAAAUUUUAAUCUCAUGAAAACAGACCUGUGAAAACUGUUGUUUUCAUUGGCUUGUAUUUACAAGUGAUUAACAUUUUAUGUAGAACGUAAAAUCUUAUCUGCAGCUCUGUAAGUGACUGUCUGGAAACCCCUUCCUCUUUAUAAUCUGGGGCUUAUUUGUUCAUCCUCCCUUCCCACCUGGUUUUCUGGCUGACAGCAAAACAAGGCUUUUACACCAGAGCAACUUAAUUUGCUGAACAGAAAAGUGCACCACCACACACAGAAAGUGAUGCCAGGUGGCAGCAGUAAGAGUGGAGGGCGGGGUCCAUCCUCUUCACCCCUCCCCCACACUGUGAUCCCACCCAGCAGACCCCUGCGGCCUUCCCGGUAUGUCCCAGUGUCGGCGGCCACUUUCUUCCUCGUUGGUUCCACCACGCUCUUUUUCUGCUUCACCUGCCCGUGGCUCUCAGAGCGUUUCUCAGUCGCUGUGCCUAUCUACAAUGGAAUCAUCUUCCUGUUUGUUUUGGCUAACUUCUGUAUGGCCACAUUCAUGGACCCUGGCAUCUUCCCGAGAGCCGAGGAGGACGAGGACAAGGAGGAUGAUUUCCGUGCUCCUCUCUACAAGACUGUAGAGAUCAGAGGGAUCCAGGUCAGGAUGAAGUGGUGUUCAACCUGCCGUUUCUACAGGCCGCCACGGUGCUCCCACUGCUCCGUCUGUGACAACUGUGUAGAGGACUUCGACCACCACUGUCCAUGGGUGAACAACUGCAUCGGCCGGAGGAACUACCGUUACUUCUUCCUCUUCCUCCUGUCUCUGACAGCUCACAUCAUGGCUGUGUUUGGCUUUGGCCUGCUCUUCAUCCUCUACCAUCGCCAUAGUAUUGACCGCCUGCACGCCAUUGUCACGCUGGCUGUAAUGUGUGUUGCAGGCCUGUUCUUCAUACCUGUUGCUGGCCUCACUGGUUUCCACAUAGUGCUUGUGGCCAGAGGCAGGACUACCAAUGAACAGGUGACAGGGAAGUUCAGAGGAGGUGUUAACCCUUUCACCAAUGGCUGUUGGAAGAAUGUCUCUCACGUCCUCUGCAGCUCACAAGCACCAAGAUAUCUGGGCAGAAAGAAGUGUGUGCAGAGUGUGUGUGUGCAGCCUCCUUUUCUGCGGCCUCAACUUACUGAGGCCCAGCUGGCUGCAAAGAUCCUGGAUAACGGCAUACAGGGAGACCUGCACCGGUCGAAGUCCAGUCUGGAGAUGAUGGAGAGUCAGUCAUGUGACGCUGAGCCUCCUCCUCCUCCUAAACCAGAGCUCCGUUACCCUGGAAUCACUAGAGGAAACACAGAGGAGUGCAGUCUACUGAACAAAGCCCCUCCCACUCCCACCAUGUACAAAUACAGGCCUACCUACAGCCCCGGCAAGAACCACACAGCGCUCACACAUGCUUAUGCAAAUCAGUUAAGUCGAGGGGAAAGUGUUGGCAGUGCCAGGGACUCCUCCUCCUCUACCUCCUCCCUCCUCCAGGCCAGCCAACAGCCUGGUUUUCGCUCCCAGCCCAGCCUGGACCGGAGGGACACUUCAUCUGAGAGAGUGGGAGGGGGAGGAGGUGGGGAGAGGAGGGAGGGAGGAAGAGAGGUGGGAGGAGGAGGUAUCCCUGGCUACUCCCUCGGUGGACGCUCAUACCCCUCCUUCUCUGACCCCACCGUCCUAUCAGGAGUGGCGUCACGAUCUUCCAGCUCCACACACACCUCGGCAGGGGCUGCCCACAUCUCUGAGGCUACCACCACCUCAGCCAGCUUCAAGAGCUUAGCCAAUCAGACAACGCCGCCUCACCACCCAUCCCGUAACGGUAGCCUGUCAUAUGACAGCUUAUUGGCAGGUGGUGACGAUUUUGACAAAGGGGUAGUGGCGGACUCAGCAGCCCCUGAGGUUCCCUCAGGAAGACCCUGCACGCCGGCAGCAGGCGGCUACAGCUCCCCCUUUCUGUCUUCACAACAAAGAGUUGCUGAGAUCCACUCCCAGUCCUCCCAGUCUCCCCAUCACCACCACCGCUCCUCCCACCACCACCACCACCCCUUCCUCCAUCGCUCCUCCUCCUCUACGUCCUCCUCCCCACCUCCUCCUCCAGAGAAGGAGCGCCUGCUGAGCGAGCCCCACCCCGGCUCUCACCCCCCACCUGCCAAUCAGGCCACAGCUCCCCCCUCUUCCUCUGCUCCUCCUCCCCCACAUCAUCACCACCACCACCAUCACCACCACCACCACUCCCAUCAUCACCACCACUCCUCCUCAUCUUCAUCUUCCUCCCGCCCUCCUCGCUUUGCUGUCCCUCAUGCACCCCCCCACCAUGCUUAUCCUUACCGCACCCGCUCUACUGACACCCCUCUGGGCUCCUCCUCCACCUCCACAACCCACCCUCCCCGAUCCCCACACCCUCCACCUCUGGGCAAGUCCCUGUCUUACUCGAGUGCUGCUGCUGCUGAAAUGCAGUACCGGCUGGUCCGAAAGGCCUCAGCAUCAGCCGGAGCGAAUGCAGCGGGGGUAGGAGGAGGAGGAGGAGGAGGUGGAGGGAUGGGAGGAGGAGGAAUACAAGCGCCGAAGGAUGAGGUCAUCCAGAUGAAACCUCUGUGUCGGACCAAUGGCGGCCAGCCCUACGCCUCCAGCUCCUCCUGCUCCGCCCCUUCCUCUCCCUCUCACCCAGUCAGUGUGUCUGCCCGGCCCGGAGUGGCCUAUCCCAGCUCGGCAUUGAUGCAGAGUCCCGCUCACAGGCCUCAGGGUGGCGGGGUGAAGAAGGUUACGGGUGUCGGGGGCACCACCUAUGAGAUUUCUGUCUGAGUGGACACCUCCAGCUUGACGACCAUGAGACAAAGAGGAGAUCCAGCUGUCUCUUUCUGCCAUUGAGAGAUUUUGAUUUUUCACAAAACAAGACACUACUGACACACUGUAGACAGGGACAUCUGAGGAUGAGCUUAACUAUUAUGUCACAAUCUCACUCCUCGUUGGCUGCAGCACUGAACUGUACUCAACUGUCCUGCCUUCAGAUACCCACCUUUAUAACUACUGGUGAAGUGACAGUAAGAUCUGGACUGACGUAAGCCAGCAGUUGGUGGAACUGGCCGAUGAAAGACUAUGUCUUUGGAUCUGAUGCGACCAAACAGGAACUAGGAUUUGGCUCUUUUUGAUGAGUUUUAUCCUCACAGUAGCUCAGUAGGUAGCACAAGUUACUAGCAUGGUCAGGUCUGGGUGUUAAGGAACAUACAAGUAUAGUAGUGCAAGGCAUUACCACUGCCAAGGUGUGGAGUUUAAUCCCUACUGGGGCCACCAGUGAGCUCUGCAUGAGGGUUGGCCACCGCAGGUUAAUGAAGGCUCAUUUCAGCACUUUCUGACUGAUACUGCGUUUAGGUAAAAAUUGGCAUAAAUGUUAUAUUUUAACGUUUAACCAAUGAUGCUCACACUGAAUACAAACUCUUUGAUAAUGGUGGUGAUGAUAAUAACGAUGAUAGUAAUAAUGAACCUGAUCAAAAAGUAGAAUCCAUUCACAGUGAAGGGCUUCACAUAGACAACCUGUUUAUUGUGAACUAAAUGUGUGAUCAGUCAUACACAAGUCAUAUCAGGUGUAGUCGGAGACCUUUCUUGAUACAAGUCAAGGCCCCAGUUGUCAGUGAAACCUAAAGUUUAGUCACAGCAUUUACCAAAUGCAGUGUGGUGUGAUUGCAAUGGACCAAGAACACAGGUGGUGUUCAGCGAUGCAGCCCAGGCAGAAUCCCUGUUACCUAUCGUCACUUUCCUCGAGGCCGUCGUCUGGGUCACAGCCUUCCAGUCAGUCAUGGAAAUGCACAACAAGACCUGACAGGUGGUCAAUAAUCAAGCAGUUAGUAGGAUGAAUUAAGAACUUUUGACAAUCUGCUAGUGGCUGGAAGGGACGUUACCCAUGAACUUGCCGAUCGAUGUUGCUAUGUGAAUUGACUUGCCUUUUGAUGUAGGAAUGAAAAAUGUGACGUUGGAAAAAAAAACCAAACAAAAUGCUGAUUCCCCGUUUGUGUGAUUCAUCUGUUGAUUUAUUCCUAGAUGUGAAUAUGAUUCCAUGUUUGUACAGGAUGAUGUGAUUUUAAAUGUGGAUUUUUUUUUUUUUUUUUUUAAAGUGGCGUUCAUACUGGACUGCAGCAUGCACUACUAUUACUACUCGCCACUAUAGGCCACUGUUUUUGGCUGUAGACCAUGUUGUCUGUUUGAACAAACAGGGAGUGAGGAAACUAAAGUGAACAAGGAAAUUAUGUUUUGGCCUUUUGUUGUUAAUGGGGUCCUUAAGACAAGGUAGAUUUUUAUAGAAAACUAAUUACUUGAGCAAUUGCCUUGAAAAAUUCAAGUGUUUUUUAUGUCAUCUAUUUAAUUUAAAAUUGUUUUGUAUGAAUUUCUAUGGAAAUAUAGCUAUUGCUAAAUGAAGAGUUUUUAAUAUUGACUCAGAUGAGAGGUUGUGUUGUCAGUUUCAGAAUCAUGAUAAAAAGAGCCCUUCUGACUGGUUUUGAUUGAAGCUGUUUCCUCUGACACAAUCUGAGUUGCAAUCGUCUAAAUGUCCUUUUUCCCAAGAUCACAUCUGUAAUGAAAAAAACAGGCCUGGAAUCUCUCAAACCAGACAACUUAUUUACAAGAUGAUCAGAUUGCAUCUUCAGUAAUGACUUUAGUAUUUAGCUCUAAAAGCUUGAGUACGAUGCAGGGCCACAGUGAAGAGAUUUUGUAAUAUGUAGAGAAAAAGUGUAAUUUUAUGAGAAUAAAGUCACAAUUUAAAAAAAAAAAAAAAAGGUCAUCAAAUUACUCAAAACAUUUAUGUGAACAAAAAUCAUAUUCAUAAAUAAAGACAACAGUUUAUGGCUAAUAUUUGAAAGGUCAAGUCAGAAAAAUUCAUGAUGAGAACAAAGUAUUAAUAGAUAAAGGUUCUGUCUGGCCAUCAAAAUGUAUGUAAUCAGACUGAGUUGAUUCAAUUACAUGUCCGUGUUUUAGCAUUUCUUGGCUGCCCAUUUAUACUAUACAGUUAUUUUUCCUUGAAAAAUAUUCUGUAUUUACAGUGGGGUCCAAAAGUCUGAGACCACGAGUCACAAUACUCUUUGCCUUUGUUUUGAAUGCAGUCAUUUUCUUUUCAUUACAAAUGAAUGAACAUCACAGGUUUACAGUUUGUCCAUGAAUGUCAGAAUGUCUCAGUCCGUCCACCUUUUGCUUUAAUGACAGCAUGCACUUGAGCUGCAUGGACUCCACAAGUUUGUGUAAAACCUGCUGACUCAUGUUGUCCCAGCAUGAUCUGACAGCAUUCCACAAAGCUUCUUGUGGUAUCACAGAAUGUUUGGCUUUCUCAGUCUUCAGUGCCCCAAAAAUGUUGAAUGGGGUUGAGGUCAGGUGACUGUGAGGAACGUCUAUGAUAGUCCACAGCAGAGUCCAGGCUUUUAAAACACUGUGGUAUCGUUCUCUCUCCUGUUUGUCUCCUAACAUACACCCUCCUGUUACUGUCACUAAAUCUAUCACAUCAGUAAAUUGGACUUUUUUCAUCAUCAACUGUGAAACUUUGGUAUUUUUUAGCCCACCUCAAUUGUUUGUCUUUGUUUCUCUCCUGAGACUCUGCAAAACGGCCUUCUUCUGACAGGAUGACCACUGAUUGGACUCUUGUAUUGUUUAUUUAGUAAAAUCUGUAUCUGUGAUCAAGUAGCUCUUCUGUCUCUAUCUGUCAGUGAACUAAGUUUGAUGUACUGAUCUUCUGAUGGUGUGAUCACACUUUCGAUACAACUGAUCCACUGUCUGUAAGGAGAGUUCCAUGCACUGCCCCCUUAGAAACCCUUUAUUCUUGCCAUGAUUUAAUGCUGAGAAAGCCCCUUUUUGAUUAGAAUAAUAACAAUUUGACUUCUGACACCUUCAUUUACCUUCUUAAUCCUCAAACUGUUCUAUUAUUUCCAGUUUAAAUGACUAUUUAAAAGAUUUUUGAAUGUGGUCUCAGAGUUUGGAGCCCCCUGCUACACAUCUAACUGUAUUCUGAAACUUUUUGCCAUCAUGUUAGCCAUAAAACCCUGUGCUACUAUUCAAACUAUAGACUGGACAGAUGCAAUUCCCCCUGGUCUCCAAAUUAAUGUAAAAUUAACUUCAUGAAUGAAUGAGUGAAUGAAUAAAGGUGGUUGAAAUGCAAUUAAAAGAAGCUUACACAAACAUA